CUUGACGUUCUUGACUAUCAUGUCUCAACAGCAGAGGUCACUAGUCGUCCUCGGAGCAGGGGUGAUCGGUCUCACAGCCGCUUAUCUGGCGGCAACAGAUGAGGAGUCGUCCUUCAAGAUCACUGUUGUAGCGAGGGACAUGCCGGAAGAUAUGGGCUCUCAAGGCUGGGCAAGCCCUUGGGCGGGCGCAAAUUGGAGUCCGAUGCCAUACGGAGAGGAAGACGCGCGGAUUGCGCGGUGGGAGAAGCAGACGUUUGACAAAUUCUGGGACAUGAUACCCACUGGGCUUGUCAAGCUUCUGCCCUCGUCUUUGUAUGCGCGAAGGCCAGAAACGGACUCUGAUGGUUAUGCCAGAACUCUGUGGUGGAGAGAUCUUGUAAAGAAUCUUCAUUCCAUACCUGCCGAUGAGAUACCAAAGUCAUGCAACAUCGGCCUAGGUUUCUCCACAUAUUCCGUCAACCCGUCUGUAUAUUUGCCAUACCUGAAACAAGAGCUCGUGUCUCGUGGAGUUGCAUUUGUGAAACAGCACGUCCGAACAAUAGAUGAAUUACUCCCACUUACAGGCCCUGAAGGUGUAUUGAUCAAUGCGUCAUCGCUGGGCUCCAAGUCGUUGAUUGGUGUUGAGGAUCAAAAUCUCUUUGCCAUUCGGGGCCAGACUAUUUUGGUCCAAUGUCCCGGCCUUGAUCAGUUCCUGCAGUACGAGAUAGAGGAUCAUGACGCAGGUGAAGAUGCCACUUACAUUAUACCCCGCCCUGGGGGCGCACCCUCUGAUCAGGUCAUUUUGGGAGGAGUAUUCCAGGUAGGUAACUGGGAUACAUCCGUGAACAUGAAUACGGCAAAGAGAAUCUUCGAUAGCUGUUGCAAGCUCGCACCGAUACUGCAUAGCAAAGAAACCAGGGUUUUGUCUCACAACGUUGGCCUACGGCCUGCGAGACAAGGAGGUCCAAGAGUCGAAGCGGAGUGGAUAGGGAUCCCAGUCACAUCUACCCACUCUUUGCUGCCCUGGACAGCUUUGCCGGAGAACACGCCCAAGAAACUGCUGACGGUGCACGUUUAUGGGUUUGGGCCUGGAGGCUACCAAAAUUCAUGGGGAGCAUGCGCCGAAGCCAUCUCCCUCUUGAAGCAGCACAUACGCCAAUAUUGAUCGCGUGUUGGGCUUGGUGUAGGCUCCAAUGGGCUUCCUGCCACGGGAAAAUCUAGGCAGUAAGGAAAUUGACCGUUCCAACUUAUCGAGUUGCUUCUGUACGACUCAGACGAGCAAGACUCGGAGAAUCCCAAUUGAUGUACUAGAUCGUCGUUGACAUAUGCUGGUUAC